GGCCUAGGCAUACAUGUAUUGUACAUCUACACAGGUGGCUGAUACAGCAGCGGCCUUGACCGACCGUGUAUCACCGGUCACCGGACUGGGUACAUGAGUCGUAUGACCACUGCCAUGCCAACUGAUAUGGAAAUUGGAAGGGGCACCAUUCGGCCGCAGUAUGGGCACUAGAUGCAAACUGACAAUGGAAUUUAUUCCUCCGUGAACUGACCAUAGACAGGGCAUGGAGGAAUAGCGAGCGAUAAGUUUCAUGAUCUGGCACACCGGGAUGAUCGCACACUGUCUUCAGUUAGGACUGAGUGAAUAGACCAGCUGCUCAGUGCAUCAUUGACUGAAAUUGUGAGUGGAAAGGGAAGUACCUCUUUCAUCAUGGGUGACUCAUCCUCUGAGAUUCCUGUCAUUGACUUCAGCGCCUACCGUCUGUCUCUAGACAAACCUGACCCCAGUCAGUUUCAGAAGCUUGUUGAUGAUGUACACAAUGCGCUGACGACCAUUGGCUUCUUCUUCAUCGUCAACACUGACUUUCCUCAGGAAAAGGUUGAAGAAAUGUAUCAGGUGUCCAAGGCAUUUUUCGAUCUUCCCCUGGAGGUCAAACAGAAAUACCCACGCAUCCCUGGCAGAGGUAGCCAUGGUUACGUACAUCUUGAGAGGGAAAACACCAAUCCCAAGCGACCUUUUGGUGAUCUCAAGGAAGGUUUCAACUUUAACCCCAUGGUUGCUGGUGAUGUGUGGCCCCUGGAAACAGAAUGCCCAAACUUCAAAGCAACAUUCAGCAACUUCUUCGACUUAUGUCUUCCGAUCCACAACAGGGUGCUUGAAGUCAUGGCUCAUGGACUGAAGCUUGAGGACCCAUUAUUUUUUGUGAAGCACCACUCCAAACCCAAGACGGACAGUAUGAUGACUUUACGAAGCCUCUUCUACCCUUCCCUGAAAGACAUCACCGUCAAAGACCAACAGGUACGGCUAGGAGAGCACUCCGACGGUGGAGGAAUCACACUGCUGUUCCAACAAAGAAGGGGACUACAGGUUUGCAAACGUGACGGGACCUAUGUCAGUGUGCCCAUGGUAGAGGGUGCCAUACUGGUGAACAUUGGCGACACCAUGCAACGCUGGACGGCAGAUGUGUACCUUGCUGCAAAACACUGUGUGCUCUUGGACGAGACCCCAGAGGAGCGGAAACUUUCACGUCAGUCGAUAGUCUUCUUCGGUCAUCCAGACAAUGAUGCGGUCAUCAAAUGUGUCGACAACAGCAACAAGUACCCACCCAUUACCAGCUUGGACUACAUGAACAUGAUCUUCAGCAAGAUUUAUUAACAUCCGUUGAUACGCUAAAUUGGAAUAACAAGUUGCCUAUAUCUCAUUAUUUCAUUGCAGUUUAAUCCUCGCUGUAUUCUUGGAGGCACAUUCAACCCGAUUUUUUUUAUGUCAGAAACAUCGCAUUUGUUUAUCAGGCAAAUACAUGUACAUUUGGUUGAAUGGUGUUAUAAUUUCUCAUUGACCUUUGGUUCCAAACUUCUUGUAUCAAGGGUAUAUUAAGACCACUUUAGUAAUAGUUCAUGUCUUGUAACAAUUAAAACAGCGCUACGUACUGAAAUGAUUUAUAUCUCCCUGAAGACUUAAUACAUUUUUUCUCAAAGUAUCAUUUUAAGGUACAUGUAUAGGCAUUGACGUGUAAGUAUAUGAGGGAAGGUAAUGUCAGUGUAGAAAGAAUUUCAUUUCUUAGAGACUAAUCUAAGGUGAUGACAACACUUCAUUGGAACCACACUCGUGCACAUUCUUAAACUUGAACUUAAAGAUUUGAGCAAGUCGUAAAAUCCGGUUGGUUAUACCCAGCAUGAUAUGUGGCAAAGGGGGACCCCCUAAUGAGAUGCUCAAGCUAUAUACCCUAAGGCUAUUGCCUGAAAGGAAUUCCGAAGAUUCUGUCAACACAAAAGAAGACACAAUAGAGAGGGGGUCCCCCUUUGCCACAUAUCAUGCAUCAAGUGACUUAGACCCAAAUCUGGUAGACUGAGUUCUUUAAAUUCACGUGAACAUAACAAUUAACUUGAAUUCUCCUUACUAAAACCACUGUUGCUAUACCU